AUGAGUACGAACGUGAACGUGAACAAGGAGAACGAUGUGGGCCCUAGGACACCAAAGACGUUAAUGAAGAAACAGAUAUACAACAACAACAUUACUAAUAACAAAGUGGGAAGAUCCCAAGCUGCCAGAGUCAAGAGACUACCUCUUGCAUCAAAGGACAGUAAUCGUCACGGAAUGGGGCCGGUGUCAGCGAAGGAUAAAACUGGACUAACACGUAAUGCAUCGAUACAUUUCAAGAAAUAUGGAUCUAUUCUUUACCCUGAAACGACUAGUAAUAAUAACAAUUCGAAUGAUAAAAGCUCGUUACCUAGAGUGAAAAGCUUAGUGUUGAAGGACAUAGACGUUGGUGUUAAUGAUGAUGAUAGUACCAGUAGUGAGGAUAAUGAAGAUAUAGAGAGAUCAUUGAGAAAUGGUAACUCUUUGCAUAAAGGAUUAUUUUCUCAAGGAGGAUUGAGUAGUUUAUUAGAAGAUAAAGGACAAGAUCAGGAGAUAGAACUUGGGCCUAUAUAUGAAAAGGAAUUGGAAUAUAUACCUGAUGGCAUAGAGCCUUUACAAUUGGCAGAGCUGCAGAAAUUGAAUGAAAUAUACAUUCCGCCAAUGUAUUUACCUCUAGAUGAAGAAGAUAAUGAGAGUGAUAACAACAGUCACGAUGGUCCAAUGCUUAUGAAAUUACAAUCCAUAGUAGACGAUAACGAUGACAACGAUGAUGUUGAUAACAUUGAUGAAUUACCAGAUCGUCAUAUAACUAUACACCAUCGUAACCUGAGCCCCGCCAACGACACAUCGAUCCUUUUACAGGAUAUCGACAGCAUAUACCAUGGCAACGGCCUAGACUCAGACGACCUGGCCGACUUGCUCAGUUAG